AUGGAACAAAACAUCCAAAAACAGCAGCGUCUCCUGUACCCGUGGGAUGUUUUCCUCUUCCAGAUAUACCGCUGGUUGAGAGGGAGGUGUCCUCGCCGGCGCAGAGGCUACAGACAUGAGAUCUCGUCGCACUACGGCACGGGCUACUGCAGCCGUGGCGGCGUGUCGAGCCUCCGGGGACACGGCUCCUUCUUCUGCGAUGGGGAAGGCUCCAUUACCUACAGCCGGGCCAGUUCACCCUGCCGCUUCAUGCCCAGCUCUUCCACCUUUGUCGCUGGAGGGGAAUACCGAUGCGCUGGUGACGGCUGUGUUGUAAUAACCCGUGGGGACAGUGGGGGGUCAUCUGCAUGGGGCAUGGCACGGGGGUCCGUGUGCGACACAGAGGGAGGACCAAGGUACAGCAUUGAGGACUUGGGCAGUGCUGUGAGCUCCGGGGCUGGUGGGGCAUCCAGCUACGGUGGGAGCUGGGGCUAUGGCACGGGAAGAGACUCCGGCUAUGGGUAUGAGAUGUCAUCAAGAGACAAGUGCAUCACAGCGGGUGAGGGCGGCGGUGGAUCCGGGUACUGCGGUGGCCCAGAGAUCAUCUCUGGAGGCAGCGGCUGCUCCCAGUCUAUGCAGCAGAAAUGCCCUGUGGUCGUUCCUGAAAUCAAGUCGGAUCAGACCAAGCAGGAGUGCCAGUGGCCCCUCAGCCAGAAGAAGUGA